AUGAGGAUAAUCGACCCCCAAAGCGCAACCCUCUCCAACAUCGAAGUCCUCGCCCACAUAACCUCUCACCCACCCCGGCGCCCACCCAAUCCACCCCCAAACAUAAACCCCCGAACCUUCGUGCCCAGCCCAGACCUGCGCGACCACAACACCGUCAUCAAAGAAAUCCACAACUACGUCUCCCGCCUUUCGCCGCAUCUCCUGGGGUACCCGAGCUAUGUGCAUGAGGAGGAUAUGAAGCGCUUGGAGGAGGUGGAGGCGCAGAUUCAAGCGCAAGCGCAGAGUCAGGGAGGAGGAGGACAGGGGACGGGGGUUAUGCCGGCGCCGAGGAAGAGGGAUUUGGGGCCUACAGAGAUGGAUGAGAGGCUGCGGGGGUUGGUGAAGGGGUUGCAGCCGUUUGGUUUGACAAAGGGGGAGGUUCUUAUGAUUUUGAAUCUGGGGGUUGGGUUUCAGCAGGCUUCUGCUGAGGGGCAUGGUGAGGAUGGAGCGGGGCAGGAGCAAAUGGAAGUUGAUCAGGGGCAGGGCGAGGGUAAGGUAGAAGGGGAAGAAGAAGGGCAGGGGGAGGAAGGCGAGGGUGAAGGAGAACUUCCGGCGGAGGAUUAUGGUGCGCUGGCGCUUUUGGAUACGGUUAUUGAGGAGAGGGAGGAGAGAUUGUCGAAUGAGGAUGUUGGGCAGGUUUUGGCGGUUAUUCGGGAGGCUUUGGGGCCGUGA